AUGUGGAAGGUAGCGAUCUCCGCCCUCUGCUUCGUCGUCCUGGCCCACGCCGGAACCCUCCGCGGUGGUUUCGGUGGUGUCGGGCUGGGCGGCCUCGGCGGCGCUGGACUCGGCGCUGGACUCGGCGUUGGACUCGGAGCUGGCACCUACGGUGGAGGAUACGCAGGCGGAUACGGCGGCCAUGGUGGUGGCUACAGGGGUGGCUACGGUGGCCUCGUCGGAGGUGGACUCGUCGGAGGCGUCGGGGGACUCGGAGGCGGUUACUACGGAGGCGGCGGCCGUGGAUACUACGGAGGCGGAGGCUACAGGUCGUACGCGGACGAGACGCCCAAGCCGUACAACUUCGGCUACGUAGCCCAGGGUCCCGAUGGUACUAGCUCGCGCCAGGAGGUCGCCGACGGCAGCGGCACCGUCCAAGGUGUCUACACCAUCAGCACGGCCGAGGGCGGCCAGAGGACGGUGAAGUACGCCGCCGACGCUGGCGGUUUCCGCGCCAGCGUCGACACCAACGAGCCCGGCACUCAGAACGAGAGCCCCGCCGACGUGGCCCUCCGGUCUUCCCAGCCUCACGCCUCCGUGCUGGCGUCCAAGUACGGCCCUGCCGGAGGAGCUGGCGGCUACAGAGCCCGUGGAUUCGGAGGAGCCGGCUACGGCGGAGCGUACGGAGGCGGAUACGGCUGGUUACGGCGGCGGCUACGGUCUCGGAGGUCUCGGCGGUGUCGGCGGUGUCGGCGGCGGCUACGGUGUCGGAGGACUGUACGGCGGAGCCGGGGCCUUCCGCGGCGUCGGAGGGCAUGGAAAGCAUGGCCACGGCUGGCAGUGACUGAUGAAGAAGGCCGUCCACGUCUUCGCCGUCCUUUGUGCGAGACUCGCCGCACUAGCACGAGAGUGCACCCCUUUUGGCCGAGUCCUCGAUCCCCCUCCGUUUCCUGUACAGGUGUCGGUGUUUUGUCGUGUGUUAGUUGAAACCGCUGUCUGGACUUCCGGAGACAUCCGCUUCCGGGGCGCUGCGGCUCGAGGUGUAGGGACAAACGUGGUGUGGUCCUCCUUCUCGCUGUCUUUUUGGGAAAUAAACGAACUUCCAGUGUUGAAAACGAAAACUGCUUGCCUUUCGUUUUGGCGCCUCCGCCGAGUGCAGAU